AUGCUUCCCCCAGACACGGAAGAUGGCCAGAGAAUAUGGAAUGAUUACAAGGGUGGCAAUCACUGUGGACAUCAAGACCAGAACAGUCCCGAGAUACUCCCUAAUUGUCGAUGUUGGUCCAAUUGGGUAUCCGACAGAGUUGCCCAUCUCGAACAGGACCUAGAUCGAGUUAGGGGAGAGGUCAACUUCAACCCACCGGCAGAACUGUCGCAUUUGCAAGAAGAGCUUGAAUCAUCAAGGGCGAGAACAAGAUCAAGAAUUGCUCAAGAGACGCAAUAUCGUGAUGAAAGGGAUAGGCAUUUCAACCGACUAUUAGAUAUGCAGCGACAAAUACAAACCUGCGCUGCUGAUCUUGAAGCUGCUCGGGCUCCAGUGGGACAUAAAGUAACGCUCAAUAAAAACGUAACACUUGAAGAGUUGUUAAUUGUGGUGCGGCGAGAAUUGAUAUUUCGGGAAGAGAGAGAGCGAAGUGGCAUUCCUCGAGAGGAAGUUGAAGCUAUACGUUCAGACUUGUAUAAACUAUGGCAACUUGCUGAAGCUGCCGCUCGAGAAAUUGGUGUUCAUCUCAAGGAAAAGGAUCUUCUCACCAUUCAAGGAUAUAUUGUCGCAUCCGUGCAGAUGAUCAAAGCAUUGCAAAUGGAGAUUCAGCAGAAGGAUGUGAGUAGUGAUUAUGUCAUGUUUUUGCAACAACGAAACAGAGAGGGGGCGAGAGUGAUCAACGAGAUGGGGGAACAACUGAGAAGCGUGUGGCAAGGGAAUAUGCCUGGUGUUGGUGUUGUACCCGGCAAUCUUGCUACUGCGAUAGGAGCUGUCAAUGUUGCGCCGCCAAUAGACUUUAAAUCGUUCAAAGAACUUAUAUGGGGUAUAUAUCUUGGACUCUUCAAUUCUGAGCGAAACCUUACAAUAAUCAUAACGGAUCGUCAGAUGGAAGUACCAAUAUGGGAACCUGCACCUAUUCGUAUAGACUCUGAGAACAUAACUUAUUCUAACAAAUGGGAACUCUGUGCACAACUUGUUCGAAAUGAGAUUCAGAGAUUCUUGGAACGAGUAUGGCAACUCUACUUAUACAUUCGCGAGAAGAACGUGCCAGGGAGUCAAGAAUACUGGAAUGGGCCAUAUGAUGACGAUCACGGACGAGCAAUCCAUGUGCACGAAGCCAUGAAAGCUGUCGAAGGGCGAGGACUUAUGGCACAAACUGAACUAAAACUUGUACGCCAAUAUAUCGAGCCUGCUACCGAUGCGGCAUACAAAACUGAUUUGGAGGAACGUAUUGAUCGACGAUAUCCAAUUUACCGGGACCUACAAGCCUCAAUUAACAAUCUCACUCAAAGAAUCACAAUGUUUCGACAAAUACCUCCUUCAUGGCCCGAGCAGCACGAACGCGAUAACACCGCCUUGUCGCCCAAAAAGAGUUUUGAUUUAUUAGCUUUGAUGCUUUCACGUAUUGAAAUGGAGUAUCUAAGCAUCCGAUUGAUCCAACUUAUCCAAACCACGAAUAAUUACUGGCACUUAAUUCCUCGAGAUGAUCCUGAUUUGGCUCGAUAUAUGUCCAAUGAGAUAAGUCGAGCGCAUGGAAUACAGGUAGCUUGUGAAGCCGAAUUAACACGACCAUCUGAAAUUGCGCCUCCACCUGCAUAUCCAGGAAAGAUGCUACCCCCACGCCCUGCGUACCAGCCUUAUGGAGACCAGAUCAUCCCCAAAUCAACAUACGACAAUAACAAUCAACAGCAAAACAAGAAUGAGAAAAAAGGGAAAGGGGGGACCAGUAAGGAAAAAAAGGAUAAUGAGACGAAAGUGAGAAGCAAUAUCAACGCUCUGGAAAAGGCCCUGGACAGCAAAAAGAUCAAGUAUGGCCCAAAAAUGGCAAGAAAUACAAAAUCAAAUUUUGCAAAUGCUCCUAAAGACGCCUCACCGGAUGAGAAAUUACAAUUGGAAUUGAACAAAUUGCAUGAAUAUAGGAAAAAGUUGGAGGGAGAAUGGACUAGCAAUGGGGGAGGAAAGGUCACCAAUGUCAAAGGGUAUAAGACAUAA